CUCGUAUCCUCUCUCCCCUCUCCCCUCUUAUCUGUCUACACCUGUGAAGCCACUGCGUAAGGGUUGGAGGAACGUCGAUGCUGCUCCUGCGAGAGACGUCGAUGCUGCUCCUGCUGCUCCUGCUCCUGCUCCUGCCGCUUCUGGAGGCUCAUGGCGAUCAGGAUGCAGAAGACCAAGCAGAAGGAGCUGACUAUCCCGAUCCACGCCAGAAUGAGCACCACCAAUGAGAGGUUCACCAGGUGCUCUGAACGGACAAGAAUGUGCAGACCGCCGUGAGUAGGGUGGUGCAGUCAUCAUGACGAGUGGCGUGCUCCCCCACUCACCGGGGCACUCCCCGGUCUGAAAGUACCAGGCUGUGCCGAGGCAGAUCCACACCAACGAGAACCUGAAUUCCACACAAUGCAGAUUUCACAACCAGGAGAGAUGAGAUGCCAUCAUGCCGUGCCGCUUAUAGCCCAGCGAUGCCAUUGAUGGUGACCAGGGCUGCAGAAUGGGAAAAAGAAAACGGCGAUUUCCUUGGUGAUUCAUUCCCCUCACCUGCUCUGCAGAUGACGUCAUGGGGUGGAACGUAGAACGAGGCGCCCACGACGAAACAAACCACGAUGUUUAGGGCCCAGAACCCCCAGAUGAAGGUGUCCAGGUUCGUAUCGCCUGCAGCCACACACACCAGCACACCACCAGAUCUCCCUGGCCAUCCCUGGCCGGAUACUCGCCGCCCUACGGCUUACAUGGCGCCUCGCCGCCCUACGGCUUACAUGGCGCCUCGCGCGUGAUGGCGAGUAUGAUGGAGCACACGGCCACCCACACCAGGGGGACGCAGAGGUUGCAGCACUGCUGACAAGCCACCUGCACCCACACCAGGGGGUGCAGGUGCAGGUUCUCCUGCUGCACCUGCACGUGACUCCCCCGACGAACAGUGCUGUUCGGGGGGAGGGAGGAGGGCAACUCAUACUGGACGUACAUUUUCCUCUCCCUUUCUUCAGAC